UGCGUGUACUUGUACACUGUCCCAUUUUUCCUUCUCUUCGCUUCUGCUUCUCUGCAGUUCUCUUUGGCUGUCGCCUCUCAGCUUAAAAUCACAUGUUAAUGUUUUCACUACUUUUCUGAUCUCCCUUUCCAAUACUCCUAUACGCUUUCCCUCAGAUCAACUGAAAAUAUGAAGCUCUUCCUGCUUCUAUAACUGUUACAACCUUUGUUACUGAGAAAAAGAACCAAUCUGAUUAGUGGACUUUUGUUAGUUUUGGAUUGCUUUGAUCAGAUUUUAAGGCAUGUGUUUUUGGUUAAAGAUGCAAAUGGUGGCUAUCUCUUGACAAGUUAGCUUCAUUUGAUUGAGUUUUCCGGAUAUACCUCUAUCGGAGAUAACGUUUUCAUCUUUAUUUCAUUCUUUCCUGUGUGAUUUUCUUCUUAAGAGGUGUUAUUCAUGAGUUGAAGCACAUCCUUCCCAUACAUUUGGUCCUGUAAAAUCGUGUGAAAUCUUGAGCAGGAAAGUUUCCAAUGGGUAGAGGAAGAGGGAAGGGGAAGAAGCAAUCUGUUCCUGAGGAUGUUGGAAGUGGCGAAGAAGAAAAGAUACCUGUGAGGAGAAGGGGUAGACCACAGAAGCCAUUGAAGGAUGAAAUAGAGGACAGAGAAGAAGUCCAGAAACUAGUGAAAGAUGAAGAUGACGGUGAGAAUAUCUCCAAGGAUGAAGCUGCUGAGAAUGGAAAGAGGAAGAGAUCUUCGCAGGUCAAGGAAAACGUUGAUUCAGUGAAAGAGGAAAACUGUAUUGGCACCAAAGCUAGCCCCAAUGACUUAAUAAAGUCAGUCGGAUUCAGACAAAACGGGAGCAGAAGGAAAAACAAGCCUAGACGUGCUGCUGAAGUUGGUGUUGAGUGCAGAUGAACAAUGCGAUGAUUAUUGCAAUUCGCGAGUUAGCCCUCAUUAUAUUUUCUUGUUUUUUUUAUUAUUGCAAUUACAUUAAUAUGAGCAAUUCAAUUUUGUGUAGAUUUCUGCAGCAAGUUUUAGUCUUACUGAAUGCAUUGCUGUUAGAUCUCCUAGCUACUUCUCUCAUUUCGCAUGUGUUAUGUAGAAUCAGAAACUUACUUUCCUACUCACUGUAAUUUUUGUUUCUUUAUCCUUAUAUGAAAUGGUAGUUAUGUAUUAUGCUAUUAA